AGAGCGUUUGGUUGCAUAACGCAAUUGACGACCUUCAUGUCUGACUUUUCUGGUAAAAAAGCACUGACAAUAUCACCGGCCUCUAACAUUUGGACGGCUAAGAUCUGAUGGUCAUCGACUGAUCAAGAUCUGACGGCCUUCUGUCUCCAAUCUCCAGGUCGUAGCACUCUCUUCCCUCUUUCUUUUUUCCCGGACAAAUUGGACCGGACGGUAAUCUCUUCGGCGCGGUGUUCGGGUCCGAGCGGCGGCGGUUGAGACUACCGUCCGGAAAAAUUUGUCGGGGAAAUAGAAGCACCGGAGAGAUUCUUGCAGCGGAUGGCGACGAUGUUAAGCCCGACGAAGCUUGCCUACUUCGAUGACAUGCGGACUCUUGAAUCCACCGCCAUUUUUCUAUCCUGCCUCCAGGAAGAGGACGCCCGCCGUGCGGUGAUCUUGGAUGCCACUAUUUUCUACCCCCAGGGCGGUGGGCAGCCGGCCGACACGGGAUUCAUCACGAACCGUAGCUCCGAUUUCAAGUUCAUGGUAGAGGACGUGAGAUUGAAAGAUGGAUUGGUUUUCCAUUAUGGAUUUUUCAAAGAUGUGCAAGAGGGAUGGGAAUCCAAACUCAAAGAGGGACAAGAAGUCAACUUGUAUGUUGAUGCAGAAAGGCGUGACCUCAAUUCCAGACUUCAUUCAGCAGGGCAUUUGUUGGAUAUAUGCAUGCGCAAGUUAGGCUUAUCUCAUCUCGAGCCUGGGAAAGGUUAUCAUUUUCCUGAUGGGCCGUUUGUUGAGUAUAAGGGCAUAAUCCCAAAAGAUCAAUUGCAGACUAAACAGAGGGAGUUGGAAGUAGAAGCAAAUGCGUUAAUUUCUUCUGGUGUGAAGGUGAAGGCUUCUGUUUUACCAUAUGAAGAGGCUUCUAAAUGGUGUGGUGGUGAUCUCCCUAGUUAUAUUUCUAAGGGUAGCACUCCACGGAUUGUGAAGUUUGGUGACCACCCUGGAUGCCCUUGUGGAGGGACUCAUGUGGCUGAUAUUGCAAAUAUUAGGAGCUUGAAGGUUAUGCAAAUCCGGACGAAGAAAGGAUUCACUAAAGUAUUUUAUAACAUCAGUUCCUGAUCAUUUAUCAUCAGUAUACUCUAUGGCAUGAAUCGUACCCCAUGGGGAGAAUAGAAUCACAACAUGCAGGCCAACUCAAACCUUAAAUUUGUCCAUCUUUGCCAAGCUAGAUGCUGGCAAUUUUGGGAGCAUUCUGUAGUACAUCAGAAGGGUCCGAGUUGAAGAAAUGAAUGUAAUCCUUAUCAUUGGAUUGCUGUUUCCAUUGUGAGAAAUGACAAAAGAAAUACAUGAAAGAGUGAAAACACACACAGAUUAUAUCAGAAGCUAUUGAUGACUGCAGUCUAUGUUUCGACUUUUAAUUGUCUUGUUUCCCUUUUGAUUAAUCGAUGCAUGAUUAUCUUUUUCUA